UACUCAAACAACAUGAAGGUCUUGAUCUUAGCUGCUUUCCUGGCGGUGUGCAGAGGAGCGGCUGGUGGAUUAGCUGUUCCAGCGCCGUAUUCUCCGUACGCUUACGCCAGACCACUAGGUCUAGCGGCUCCAUUGGCUGUUGCCCGUCCAGCUCUCGCUUCGUACGCUGUAGCUCCAGCAAUAGCUAAAGUUGCCGCUCCAGUCGAGGAAUACGAUCCAAACCCACAGUAUUCUUACGCUUAUGACAUUCAGGAUGCUCUGACCGGUGACUCAAAGAGCCAGCAAGAGUCUCGUUCUGGUGACGUCGUCCAAGGCUCAUACUCCCUGGUCGAACCAGACGGCACCCGUCGUAUCGUCGAGUAUACCGCCGACCCUCACAAUGGUUUCAACGCUGUCGUACACAAAGAACCCAUCGGUGGCGUCGUUGCGAAAGCUGUAGCGCCUGCCUACCUCCACUAGUCUUCAUGAAAUAGAUCCAUGUUCAGACAGAUCAUUACUGAAUCAAACGACAAAAAUGACCAAUGUGUAUAUAGACAUUACCUGUGUAUUAAAAACACAUGUAUUAAGUAGAAAACUUAUAUUGGCAUUUUUUAGCCGUGGAACUGGAUCUGUCUAAACAAUUCUCAAUCGUCAAAGUGACCUGAAAUGUAUUAUGGUAAUGUUUUAUUUAUGUUUAUUAUGUAGCUUUGUUGGU